AUGCACUUUGAGGAAUGUCUAUAUUUUGUCCUCCCCGCUUUUUGGUCUGUUGUUCAUCUCCAUUCUCACUUUUUUCCCUCUCUCAUUUCCUCCCUUGUGUCCUCUCUCCUCCUCCUCGUUUCCUCUCUCUGUAGGUUGACUGUGUGUGAUGGAGACAAGUUGACUCACAAUGAGUUGAUUGGAGAGUCAAGAGUGCCCUUGAAAAGAGUCAAACCUGACCAGUCUAAACAUUUUCACACCUGCCUGGAACAUCCUCCCCCGCUCCCCUCUCCGACUGCCAUGGGUGAAGCCCUGCGAGGGAUCUCCUGCUACUUAAGAGAGUGGGAGAACGAGCAGCUACACAGCCUGGAAGAAAGAGGUCGUCUUCUUCUCUCCCUGCAGUUUCUGCCUCCUCAGAAGGAGGAUGAAGACGUGGAGGGAAGAGGAGGAGGAGGAGGAGAAGGUGAAGGGCGUCGCAGUGGAGGGCUCUGUGUAGGAGUGAAGCGCUGCGCCCACUUAGCCGCCAUGGACGUCAACGGAUUUUCCGACCCCUACGUCAAAAUAUACCUGAAGCCCGAUAUAGAGAAGAAAUCCAAGCACAAAACAACAGUGAUAAAAAAAACUCUCAACCCUGAAUUCAACGAGGAGUUCUUCUACGAGAUUUCCCUGUCCGAGCUCACCAAUAAGACUCUGGAGGUGACUGUGUGGGACUACGACCUGGGACGCUCCAAUGAUUUCAUAGGUGGAGUUUGUCUGAGCUGUCACUCCCAGGGCGACGCCCUCCGCCACUGGAUGGACUGCCUGAAGAACCAAGGCAGGAGGGUGGAGCGGUGGCACAUCCUGACCAACGAGCUGCCACAAACCCUCAGCCACGACUAAAAGCCUGCACGGCAUUCUGCAUGCGGUCACUGUCAGGUAAUUAGCGGCUCAACAGAUAUCCUCCUGUUUCUCUGAGGGACAGACAUGAGAAAGUACACCGCAGGAGUCAGCAGCGAUUGAAAGAAAAAAAAAGUGUAUAAUAUUAGGAGCCAACAUGAUGGGUGGAGAGCAAGGUGGAGCUGGAGCAGCACGGUGUUGUGCCUUCAUUACUGAUCAGUGAGUCGCCUGGAAAAGAAGCUUAAUGGCUCCAUCAACACAUCAACAUCUCACCUCAUUCACACAUCACAGGGUUAGACCGAAACACUCGACUGAAGAGGGAUGAAACUCAGACAUGAAACACAAAUCAUAGCUGCAGAUGUCAGAUUUGUACUUUUAGUUUAGUUGAGAUUAAACUGCGUGUUUUUUUUUUUCAAAAGCAAACACAUUUGUUUAGUAAAUCACACGUCCCGCCCUCUCUUUGGAAGAAGAAUCUAUUUUAACUGUCCAUUGCCAAAACAGAGACAUUUAUUUUAUGUUGAACUGUCAUGAAGCUGCCUCAGCCAACACAUAUUAGUCUGUUUUUUUAUACAGUCUAAUCCCCCAAUGUUUCUCUUGUUUAUGACUGUACCAUUACAUCCAAGUCUCAGAGCUCAGCAUCAUUUUACCAAAAAUAUAAGCAGGCAGUCUUUCAGUAAUUUAGCAGAAAUAUGUGUGAAGAUAUUGACUGUAUAUAAAAAAUAGACAUAGCCUCCGAGUCUGAGAAGUGAAACCAAUACUGAAUGGCCUCAAACAUGCAUUCAUUGUGACUCCCAGUGGUUGCCAAAGAAUUGUCAGAUAAUGUCGAAGCCUCCCAAAUAAUGAGCCUUCUUCUCACUUGAUUCAAAAGCUCUGUAAACAUUUUCUUAUCAAGUUUAUGUUCUCAUUUGCUUGCUUCAAGUCUUCUUCAAAGUAGCAUGUUCAUUUAGUAAAUAAUAGUUUAAAAUGGUAUGUUUUUCUACCUUGGGAUUGACAAGUGGCUAACACAGUGACCUGAUAAAUGUAAUUUACUGCCUUCAGUGGAGUGGAAGGGAUGAUGGAGUACACAGCUCAUACCUACUUAUUUUUCAGUCCUUCAUUGCCUAUAAAAUCUUCAAAAUGCCCUGUGAUGGGCAUCAUACAGUGCUAGCCUUAUCUGUCUCUUAUUGGCUUGUACUUAUUGUUGCCUUCGUCUGUUGGUAGGGUACGUAAAUAAGAGUAAGCCAAUCAGAUACAUUGUUGGGUGAGUCAUAUCUUGCCAAUGCUAAUCUAGGAAAAAAUGUAGCCUGAGGACUUCUUGUCUGCCCUGUUGUCUAACACUGUGCCGUUAACUUCAUAAUGAAGUCGAGCAGCUAAAGUUCAGUGACUAUGUUCCGAUACUUAAGACCCAUUAAGUUGAACCAAAUAUGCAAGAGUAGUCUAACAUGUCACUGUUUAUAACACAGGGCAUUCAUCCUUUGCUGGACGGGCUGACAUUUGGGGCAUAAAUUGAGUAUACCCAGUUCAUAUUUCAUAUUCAUAGUUUCAUAAUUUCUUUUUUCAAUAGCCAAAAUAAGCAUACCGAGCAUUAUCAGUUACUUUUGAUUAGAAAUGUGUUGCUGACGUUUCUUGGGUAAGCUGGGUAACUUAGUGUUUGUUAACCUUUCUACCCUCUCAUCAAGGUACGGUUACUUCUGGCUCCAAUUAAUGGGUCAUAUCAAAAUGGCUAUGUCAACUUUUUAUGUACAGUCUUUGGUUUUUUACAACUUUUCACCUCAAGAUAGUCCAUAGCAAUGUUUAGUAGAAAAAAAAAAAAAAAUUCAGCACGCAUUAUCGAUAAAUAUUAUUCUCCUGUUAGUGGCCAUCCUGCCACUUCUGUAUGUUCUGGAUGGAGGAUGAUCCAUGGAUUUCCUACAACAACACUGUCUUUUGAAGUUGUCCUAUCAACCCAAUUUCAGAAAACCAGCUUUGAUCAUUAAACCUCUGGGGGCAAUGGGAUGUUUUUAAGGGCUCUCAGUUUAGCCGAGGCCAAGACUUCCUCUUCCUUUCAUUUACAUUCCGUUAACUGAAUUCAUAUGCAGAUGUCUAUUUGCAAAGAAUAAAAAGCUCAAUAUUUAUCAGAGAAUAGUCGAUGGGUUCAAGGAUUGCAUCAAGGCCUAUGUGUUCCGUCUCUAUUUCUCUUGUGCACAAACUGUUACCCUGCAUACAACCAGAGCCACUUCAACACGUUGGCCAGCAUUAGGACAUCAAAGGGAGUCACAACACUUCUGACACCAAAGAUUUUAAUACUAAUUAUAGUCUUAUCUGGUCCUUAUGUUACUGGAGGAUUUUCUUGGGUUGUGCUGAAAGGCUCUCUAUUCUUCAUCAUUGAAAGACAAAACAAAGGUCUGCCCUUAGCUAAGUGUAGAGUCAUAAAUUGUGGCUCAUUUACCAAUACCAACAACAGCAAGUAAUUCAGUAAGGGUAUCAGGUCUUGCAGAGUCCUUUGGGGGUUUAUUCUAGUUUGGUAAAGGUCUUAUUUUCAAGUAUUAUCUGAAUGGAUCCUGAGGUUUUAUAUUGCUCCUUCAACACAGUGAAAGGUUUAAGUAGGGAUCCAUCAUACAUAACGUCAUAAUCCAUAGGAAGCUUUGGAUUAAGCCAUAGCCAUGUUGAAGGGUAAGUACAAUCUGACUUGUCGGAUAUAGGAAACCUCUUUUUUCAAAAUCUAUCAAACGUAAAGAGAAUGAGAAGAAUUUUUUAACCCUUUGAGGUAGAAAAGGGCAAAGGCAAGAUUAGGUAAAGUGCUAAAAUAGAGCUCAGAAUCAAAAAAUAAACAGCUAUUUACAAGGAUUAAAACAAAUAAUUUGUCUGUUAUGAGGAAAAUAAAGAAAAGAGAUUGAUAGGUCUAUGACUUUAAUGUUACAAUUUAAGAUGAGAGAGACCAUCUGGGGCUACACAUGGUUGAUUAAAUUAUUUGACAUGAAAACCUGAAUUUCGGCAAUCCAAACUGCUGACCAGUCAGUGAUGCUGGUGUUGAGGAGAAAAACAAAACCAUCACACGAUAAUAUUUGUGUUCAAAGAACUUAGGCUGGACCCGACAGAAAAUGUAGAUCUCUUAUAUUUCAUGUUCUGUCUGAUCCAGCCCCUGUGGUUGGAUGUUCACUGUCUUCUGACUGGAUAAUGAUAUCUUCAUAAACAUGUUAAGAAGCGAGUGAGAAUUGGGUCUAACUUGGUCCCUCUAACACUUACUAAAAAGCAGUCAUUGUGCAAAGAAAAUUGAUUUUAAAUCUGAGUUUGACACGUUGGUCUUCAAAAUUGAACAGUGAACCACUACCAAUUUUAUGGUUUUCUUUGCACAGACAUUUUACUAUAAUUUAUGAGAAAUCUUUGUAAUUGAAUGUUUGCUAAGCACGCUAUAGUUCGUCUUCCAGCACAACACAAUCCCUUUUAACAAUAACAGGGACAAUUAGUAAUCAAAAUUUGUUUUACCUCCAAAUUAAAACCAUUACCAUACAGAAGUUCACCAGCUAAAUGGACAACUGUUGCUAGUAGAUUCACCCGCUUUAGCAAGUUUAGUUAUCUAACUAAUACAUUCAACAUUAGCCCCAUGAUUCAGCAGAAAACAGCCUCAGUUUAAAUUUUAACCUAUUCAGCUGACUAACCACAGAAUGUAAAAGAUACAGUAUUUACUUGACAGUAUCUACUUGAUGGCUGCAUACGUAAUAUCAUUAUAGACCGAGGUCUAUAAUGGUAGAACAGGUCUAGGCCAUGAUCUCACGCUAACAAGCCUUAGGAAAAAGACUGUAUCCUCCCAAUGCCAAUGAACAAUGUUAUGAAAUGGAAACCAUUUUUUCCCAUUUGACGAGGUAGAUCUAUUAGUGUACUGUACCAUAUUUUAAGUAUCUUAGAUUGGAAAAAUAAUCCCUCUGGUUGCUGAGUUUAUGUACUGGUUUAUGUUUUACUUUUGAUGUAACAAGAGUAUGGGCUUUAAACAUUAGGUCUAGUCUGGGCAACACUACUUUAGCUUUAGCUAAAGUGUAGUUCAGUGUACACUGAACAAACCCUUAGAAUGAUCUAGUUUCCAUGACUAGACUCAUCCCAAUACAUGUGCUAGCAAAGGGGUUUUAUGAUCACUGUUUAAUCCCACAUAGUAUCACAGUCACGUCCUCUUUGACGAUCAACGCAACAUCUUCAUCCUGAAUAUAGCGUACAAAUAACGCUUUGAAAACAGAGACUACUGCGUUUCGUUUAGGACAUUGUGGACGUACCAGGAAGGAUACAUUUUCCCAGAUUCCUGUUAACCAACACAUUUAAUCAUAAAUGAUCCCACCGUCAAACUCACACGACUAGCACAAUGCAAAAACGUGCUCUCAUGGCCUGUUUACAGCACAACAUCAGCCCCAUUCACGUACUGAAGAAUCAACAUGUCUAGUAAGGGUUUUUAAGCUAUGAUUGGACAGGUGCUGUACAGGCGAAGGGGUUGAUCAAUCAGUCAGGAUGAACCAUCAGUAGCUUCCAUUUAAAACUAUGAUGGUCUCAUGUUACAGUCUCAUAUCAGUCGAACCACAAUAAUCUCAUUUUGCUUCGUAUCAUUUCUCUGAUAUUUGCCAUGCUGUGAAACGCACGGAUCACGUUACUAUUGCACUCUUAACUGAACUGUGAACAUUCAAAGUGCAUCCUGUUGUUACCAUGACUGAUGAUUAGGAUGACUUCUCAAUACAAGUGGUUCUUCCUUGUUGUUGCAUGAUGCAAUAUGUUGAUAUAUUUAUAAUCUCUAUAACCUUCCCCCUGCCUGUUUUCUAACUUCAAAGUGUUUACACGAGGAAACAUUGAGGAAUGGCUCAUGUUCAAAUCCUGCUGUUUACAGUGUUAUUGUUCAUCUUUUAUGCACGACUGAAUGUAUGAAUGUGGCUUUCUAUACAAUAUUGUUGAACCGUUGUUUACACUGAUCUUGUGCUUUACAGUUGUUCCAACAUUUCUAUCAGGUGUUUUAUGUACAAUGCAACAAUAAAUUUGGAAUGCAACACAGA